AUGGCGAGGAACUGUGUGGUUGUGUAACCAGGCACGUUCUGCUUCGUGGUUAAAGAUUAUAAGACAACUGGUAUAAUAAUGUAUCAUUGAUAAUCCUGACUUCAUCCGCUGAUUGAGAGAGACUUCUCGAGAAAAAAAAAAGAAAAAAGAAAAUCCACGCUCUAUGAAAAAAUAAGAAAACAGUCCAGGGAGGGAAGCUGUUUUGUGCUUCUGUUCGUGCUAAAAUAAAGGUGCCUACGGAUACACUCCAAGCAACAUUCCCACAGGUAAUGGCUGGGAUAAGCGUGGAAGCUCUGACAGACAGCAGAUAAUAUGCCAUCGCGGACGGCACGGCUCACGCUCUGUGGCACGACAUGGCACGCGUAAAGAUGGGUUUUUUCGCUCUCCUGUGUCUCCCCGCAUGCCUCGUGAUCACCCACAGCAGCGGCAGCAUCCACGAGAGAUCGGUGGUGCCCCGCGCCGCGUCCCGUUCCGUGGCCCGCAUGGACGGGGACGUGAUAAUCGGCGCGCUCUUCUCUGUCCACCACCAGCCGUCUGCCGAGAAGGUGGCCGAGCGGAAGUGCGGGGACGUCCGGGAGCAAUACGGUAUCCAGCGGGUGGAGGCCAUGUUCCACACGCUUGACCGCAUCAACUCCGACCUACACCUGCUCCCCAACAUCAGCCUCGGCUGUGAGAUCCGGGAUUCCUGCUGGCACUCCUCUGUUGCCUUGGAGCAGAGCAUCGAGUUUAUCCGGGACUCUCUCAUCUCGAUUCGGGAUGAUAAGGACGGUUCCAAAUGGUGCAUCGACGGAACCCCGUCCAACCAGCCACCGCCUUCAAAGAAACCCAUAGCAGGAGUAAUCGGCCCCGGAUCCAGCUCUGUGGCCAUACAAGUGCAAAACCUUCUACAGUUAUUCAACAUUCCACAGAUUGCCUACUCUGCCACGAGCAUCGACCUGAGUGACAAGACUUUGUUCAAGUACUUCCUAAGGGUCGUUCCUUCAGACACUCUGCAGGCCCGGGCCAUGCUGGACAUCGUCAAGCUUCAUAACUGGACCUACGUGUCUGCAGUCCACACUGAGGGAAACUAUGGGGAGAGUGGCAUGGAGGCCUUCAAGGAGCUGGCCUCUCAAGAGGGCCUGUGCAUCGCCCACUCGGACAAGAUCUACAGCAACGCCGGAGAGAAACACUUUGAUCGCCUUUUAGGGAAACUAAAGGAACGUUUGCCCAAAGCUCGUGUGGUGGUGUGUUUCUGCGAGGGCAUGACGGUCCGUAAUCUUCUGAUGGCUAUGAAGCGACAAAGGGUGCGUGGGGAAUUCCUCCUUGUUGGCAGCGAUGGAUGGGCUGACCGUUACGAAGUGGUGGAGGGUUACGAGGAGGAGGCGGAGGGAGGAAUCACCAUGAAGCUGCAGUCGGAGGUCGUGAAGUCCUUCGACGACUACUACCUGAAGCUGCGUCUCGACAAGAACACCAGGAACCCCUGGUUCGCCGAGUUCUGGCAGUAUCGAUUCCAGUGUCGCCUUCCGGGGCAUCCGCAGGAAAACAAGAACUACAAAAAAGUCUGUUCUGGAAAUGAGGGCCUGCAUGACAACUAUGUUCAAGACAGUAAGAUGGGCUUUGUCAUCAAUGCCAUCUACGCUAUGGCUCAUGGCCUUCAUGAUAUGCAUAAGGAGCUGUGCCCGGGCCAGACGGGACUCUGUGAGGCAAUGGAUCCAAUUGAUGGCAGCAAGCUGCUGGACUACCUGCUCAAGACGUCCUUCAGAGGAGUGUCAGGGGAGGAAAUUUACUUUGAUGAAAACGGAGACACCCCAGGCAGGUAUGACAUCAUGAAUCUCCAGAAUGUGGGUGACGAACGCUUCGACUACAUAAACGUAGGAUCCUGGCAUGAAGGCAUCCUUAACAUCGACGACAACAAGCUGUGGAUGAACAGCAGCGAGAUGGUUCGUUCAGUCUGCAGCGACCCCUGCUCCAAGGGACAGAUAAAGGUGAUAAGGAAAGGUGAAGUGAGCUGCUGUUGGAUUUGCACGACCUGCAAAGACAAUGAGUGUGUUCAAGAUGAGUUUACCUGCAAGGCCUGUGAGCUGGGAUGGUGGCCCGACGAAGAUCUUGCAGGCUGCCAGCCCCUGCCUCUGAAGUAUCUUGACUGGGCCGAUGUGGAAUCCAUUGUCGCAGUUGUUUUCUCCUGCGUUGGCAUCCUGAUCACCUCCUUUGUCACCUUCAUAUUCAUCCAGUACCGUGACACGCCUGUGGUUAAAUCCUCCAGCAGGGAACUCUGUUAUAUCAUCUUGGCAGGCAUAUUCUUGGGUUACAUCUGUCCGUUCACAUUAAUCGCUCGACCCACUGUCGCUUCCUGCUACCUGCAGAGACUCUUGGUAGGCCUCUCUUCUGCCAUGUGCUACUCUGCUCUGGUGACUAAAACAAACCGAAUUGCUCGUAUUCUAGCUGGCAGCAAGAAGAAGAUCUGCACCAGGAAACCACGCUUCAUGAGUGCCUGGGCCCAAGUCAUCAUUGCCUUUAUGCUUAUCAGCGUGCAACUAACUCUUGAGAUCACGCUCAUUAUUCUGGAGCCUCCCGAGCCCAUCAAAUCAUACCCAAGCAUACGUGAGGUCUACCUCAUCUGCAACACCAGCAACGUAGGCAUGGUGGCACCGCUGGGCUACAACGGCCUACUUAUCAUGAGCUGCACCUACUAUGCCUUCAAGACGAGAAACGUCCCUGCCAAUUUCAAUGAGGCCAAAUAUAUUGCCUUUACAAUGUACACUACCUGCAUCAUCUGGCUUGCCUUUGUGCCAAUCUAUUUCGGCUCAAACUACAAGAUCAUAACCACGUCUUUUUCGGUCAGCCUGAGUGUAACAGUAGCCCUGGGGUGCAUGUUCACACCCAAGAUGUACAUUAUCAUUGCCAAACCAGAGAGAAACGUCCGAAGCGCCUUCACCACAUCCGACGUGGUGCGAAUGCAUGUCGGCGAUGGGAAGUCUGCGGCUCAGUGCGGGAGCAACAGCUUCCUUAACAUGUUCCGUCGGAAGAAGGCGAUUUCUGGAAAUGCCAAUUCUAAUGGCAAGUCUGUGUCAUGGUCUGAAUCAGGUCCCAGACACCCUCCGAGGGGGGGGAAUGUGUGGCACAGACUGUCUGUGCAUGUGAGGAAACAGGAAGCCGGCUCGAAUCAGACAGCGGUCAUCAGGCCCCUAACUAACACCCCCGACCCCCACAGUUGUGAGCCCUCCACCGGCAACCAUGGCACAGACCCCCAACCUCCACAGGACACGCCUGGCACCAAGCCUCCAUGCAAUAAGGCAGAGGAAGACGACCAGGGGGAUGCACAGCGCCCCCUCUGGACUCCGGCUUGCUCGGAACAGACGCAACAAGGACUGGAAUUUGAUUUAGAUGAGCCUGCUACUAAUUUGCCCUCCGACUUCAUACGCCCCACCCAGGAGUGCUUGCAGGGGACGUUGUUGAACACGCACAGCUCUCAUGUCCCUGCACUAAAAAGCCACACUUCCUUUGAGCAAAUUCCUGCCAAUGAGCCUUUGAGCCUGAUACCCUCUCAGUUUCCUUCAGACCCAAGACUGGGGGAAUUUGAGGACGAAGGGUCUGAGGAUGAGGAGCUGGACCUCUUGCACAGCUACAUUUACGACGCCAAGGAGGAGGGGGAGGGGGAUGAAGGAGAAGGUGAGGAUUUAACUCCAAAUAAGACCAUUCUGGAAGAUUCUCUGGCUCUGUCUCCCCCCUCCCCCUUCAGAGACUCGCUGUGUUCAGGGGAUUCAGCAAACGGCUCCCCCAUCAUCGAUUCCCUGCUCGGUAGCUCUGUCUACACCUCAAAUAUCCUCCAAAACUUUGCACACAGCUCCUCAACACUGUGAGAGCAGAACCGGCGAAGUCAAUGGACAUUUCUUUCGAAACAUCCAGUUACACACAAACAACUUUUCAAAAUUUUCAUUAAGUGAUUUGCUCGCUUGAGUUUAUUUCUUUUAUGCGUAGGUGAGUAAAAAAAAAGAAAAAAAAAAAGUUUAAGGAUACAUAUAUGAGGAAUUAUUUACUGUAAAAGCGCUUUUGGGAAAGGCUGUUAUUGCACGUUUUUUCAAAAAGAUUUACAAGGAAGAGUGCCAAAACCAAUCGGAGGCUUGUGCUAUGAAGCAGGUUUAUUGGCUUAUUGAAGUAACUUAGGCUUCCAGAUAAGAUUUCAACAGAUGUGUGAAUAAAUUAAAAGGACAGAGAUGACUGAAGAGUGAAGCAGUGUCUACUGUCUCUCUCUAAAUUAAUUUCACUGAGAUGUUGUUAAUAAAGUACAUCCCACCAGAAUUGAUAUUUAUUUAUAUGUAUAACAAAGACUAAACCAUCCAAGGUUUUUGCUUAAAUAUUAAAGAAUCUUUAAUUACAUGAUGUGACGUUGUAGGUCCUGAGUGACUGAAAAUGAACUUGGAUGUUUACAAUAGCCUACCCCAUUACCUGGAAUGUAUGAUUUUUAACUUGAAUAGUAUUUAGGGUAAAGUGUGUGGAACAAUCAUUUUCUUAAUAUUUCAACUUUGUCUCAGGUCUCGAUAACAGGAAACACCUGCCCUGCAAACACCGGACAUCCAACUUUUAAACAUAUUAAGAGAGUAUUAAACAUUCUUUUAUACACAUAUUUAAUUUCUCACUUUUCAUCUUGCUGUUUAGAUUAGUGGAUCUCAUUUAGUCUGGCUUCAGGUACCACCAAUAAACCUUAAUGACAACACAUGACCCAAAGGAAGUCAACUCUUCAACAACUUGGACUAAAAGUAUGCUAUUUGGACCUUAUAUGGUAGAAUGGGCUGAUACAGUAUCCCACAGUAUACACACGCCCACACACACACACACACACACAAAACAGGGUGAACAUUUUCCCUUUAACACUAAAUUACUUGCAUUUUAUUUAAAACCAGCUUACAUUAGACUUGUUUGCCUUUCUGUAGCAAAUUCAGAAGUGCUUUCAUGCUCAAACAUGAAUUAAAAUUCCAACUAUUUCAACUUCUGAGAAUGAAUUUCUCUGUAGUUGAACUAAAUGUUCAGUCCUCAUCCACCAUGCUAAAAAUAACUGGUUUAGACAGAGGACAAGACAGGUUUAUUAUACUGUAACAUUCAUACACAUGACAAUUUGAAUGAUUUAAAGGAAAAUAAAAUAGUAGAGGCAAAGAAAAUUACAAUAAAGUCUUAGGCUAAAUUUAAAGAUUAAAUGCUAUGAGGAUCACAUAAAGUGCAAAUAGAAAAUAGGUAAAUACCUAAGACUUGCUAAAAAAAAUUAAUUGAUAAACGACAAAGUCGUCUAUUUUCUUCUAACUUUCAGUUUUGCAUGUGGGACAUAUUAAAAUAAUGCAAUAUGCAAUGGUAAAUUUGUACUUUUGUGAUGUGGCAUUGAUAUUGAUAAGUUUAUAAAUCUUUGUGUUGAACACACUGAGCUUUAUUUUCUGCUUCUUCAUUGUCGUUGAGUCUCUGACAUCAAAUCUGUCAAUCUUAUAGGAAGGGUAGACUGACCAAAGGUUAGUUAAGAUAGUUGAGCUAAAACUAAAAACCUGCUUUGUAGUACCGGCCUCUUCUUUCAAGCCAAACGAACCUGGAAAUCAUGAUAGAAGACAUAAUUUUGGUUUUGAUGGUGCAAACAAAAGGUCUGUAAGAAAAACAAUUUUAUUGAGAACAUAGAGAUGUAAGGGUACAUAAAAAUCACAGUUUGGUAUGUACCUCGUCUUUAACGCCAGAUGAGAGAACAUCUUCAGUAUGGUGACAUUGAGGGCAACAAAAGUUAAGUUUUUUUUUAUAUAUAUAUAUAAUAUAAAGUGUACCUGACUACAAGCUUCUUGCAAAUUUUCCAUUUCCUAUUUUUCAUUUUAGUUUUCUAGGUUUUACUUUUCAGGGUUUGACUUAAUUGGCAUAUGAGCUCAAAACUUGUUUUUUUUUUUGUUAGUUUUUUUUUUUAAAUCUUAAAAUAAUGUUGAAACUGGCUUUCCAUUUGGUAGAUUGAUAAUGCAUAUUUUACAAUUCCUUUGAGAGUUUAACAAAUUUAAAUCAGUUGAAACUUAUUUAUUUAAAAAAUGUACUGGGUUAUUCAAGGGUUUUUUAAAAUUAUUUUUCAUCCAUUUGAAUGAAACAAACAAACUGGAGACAUUGGAGUUUUAACUUCUCUAUGUUUCUCCAAAGUUGGAAAAAAAAAAUGCAAUUUAAUAACUCCUGAACUUUAAGACUACUUGGGAACCAUGAACCUAAUAUUGUUCUUGUGUUAAAAUUAGUGGGAGGAUCAGCACAACCUUUGGCUAACCUUAGUUUCUACUAUCUUAUAUAAAGCUGAUAGAGUCUGCUCGAUGAAAUGCUGAUGAGGGAAACUAUAAUGUGGCUUUACUAUCUUACAAAUCUGUUUAAAAAGGAAUAUAGUUGCAGACACACACCAAAAAUGAUAAAUAUGAAUUAAUCUGUCGCUAUUCUUACAAAAAGACAAGUUUCAUGUCUUUGUUAGAAUAAAUGCAGCUCAUUCUUCUCCGGAUCAGAAGAGUAAAGAAAUCUCAGCUGUGUUAAAGAUAUUCUUUUUUAGUUCAUCUAACCUCCAAUAGUUUUGUCUUAAGUCUUUAAUACAACAAAAUAUUAAGAAAUGUGCCAAACAUUGGUUACAUACUAACUAUUAAAAGGUCUCAAACACCAAAUAACGAUACAAACUGUCAUUUAGUUGAAGGCUUGAGCUGUAUGAUAUACAUAUCAUGUGCCAAUCCCUGGUUUUAACUCUUUUAUAUAAAUUAUCCAAUGAAGGUGAUCGUGUGAUUGUAGAUCAUGGCAUUGCUAUUGAUACAGUUUACACUAAAUUAUAGCCCUAGGAAUGAGUUUUAAUGGCAAGAAAGAUGAUUUAAAAAAAAAAAAGAAAUGUUUUUUUUUUUCCUUUUCAUGCUGCGCUGGUAUUUUUCCACGUUUUUCAAAGUUUUACUGUGUCAUUGUAUUUGAAACACAGUACAAGCUGUACAAGCUCUCAAAGUUUUUAAUACUGUUUAAGCCAUCAAUUGCUUUUUUUUCUCACAGGUGGUAUGUUUGUAAUAUGGAUAAAUGUUUAUAUAUUUAGAAUGUGAACAGAAAAAAAAGUUUAUACAUUUUGAAACUGUCCGCAGAUGCUGUGUGUUUGAAUUUUUGGUAACUUUUAAGCUAACUUGAGUUAACUGUAUCCUCUUGCUUUCUGUAAUGGGAUCAUACAUGUUUCAGUUUCGCUUAAAUCUUGCUAUAAACUUAAGUAGUUCAAUUAAGACUAGAUUUCUUACCCUUACUUUUUUAAAUCUUUAAGAUGGAAAAUAAUUUUAAAGUUAAAGGACUACAUGGUACAUACUGUAGUGCAACUGUAUUGUAUUUCCAAAUGUUUUUAGUCGAAAAUAGUGUAAGUUGUUUAAUGAUUUAAGCUGAUGUAAAAUAUACGAGGUGCCACCUGUUUUAACACUGUUGAAUCUAGAGUGAAAUAGGCCUUCAUGUUUUGAGUAAACUGGACAUGAACAAUGCUGUAAAAAUAAAAGUUAUUUAUAUCUAGAA